CUCCUGUUUCCUCCCCCACCACAACUUGCUGUUUUCUAUAAAUAUACUCUCCUUCCUUCUCAAUUCUCAUAUGUUCCUUCUACUUCUUCUACUACUACUACCACUACUACUCUCACAAGUCACAAUACUUUCUCCUCCUCCAUGACCCUCUCUUCAACACCCAAGGUGGAAGAUAUUCAGUCAUCAGCUUCAAUGGGUGGUUUGAUAGUGGCUGAGAACAAGAGAGAAGAAGAUGAUCCCUCAUCGGAGAGCCAAUACCAGAAAGGAGUGAAACAUCUGUGUGAGAAUGGCAUUUCAAUAGUCCCCAACAAGUUUGUAUUGCCUGUGCCGGAGAGACCCAUUAUCCUGCGACAACAGAAUACCACCGCCGCCUCUGCCACGGCCGAUGGUAGCUAUAUUCAGUUGCCCAUCAUCGAUUUUGCUCAGUUGCAAGGCCCUGAGAGACCACUAGUUCUUAAAACCCUAGCAAAAGCAUGUGAAGAAUAUGGGAUUUUCCAAGUGACGAACCAUGGCAUUCCCAUCAAUGUUGUGAGUAGUAUGAUUGAUGUGAGCAAACAGUUCUUUGAGCUUCCUUAUGAUGAGAGGGCCAAUUAUAUGACAUCAGAUUUGAGUGCACCAGUUCGAUAUGGAACCAGCUUUAACCAGGCUAAAGAUGGAGUUUUUUGUUGGAGAGAUUUCUUAAAGCUUGUCUGCAGCAAUCCCCUUUCAGAUAUCCUUCCCUUUUGGCCUUCCUCACCUGAGGACUUGAGGAAAUCCGUGUUUAAUUAUUCUACACAAACCAAAUCCUUGUUUGAUCUGCUGAUGAAGGCCAUCCUAGAGAGCCUAGGAUUGGUGGAAAGCAAAAAGGAUGAAAGUGAGGAUCAUGUCUUACAGCAAUUCCAAGAUGGAAGCCAGCUAAUGUUUAUCAACUACUACCCAUCCUGCCCUGAACCUGAGCUUACUCUAGGCAUGCCUCCUCAUUCUGAUUAUGGCUCCCUCACCCUUCUUCUUCAAGAUGAGGUUGAAGGUCUCCAGAUACAACACCAAGAAGAAUGGUUCACUGUCAAACCACUUCCCAACUCUUUCGUAGUAAACCUCGGUGACCAUCUUGAGAUAUUCAGCAAUGGAAGAUAUAAGAGUGUGUUACAUAGGGUGCUUGUGAACUCUAUGAGGUCUCGCAUAUCAGUGGCUUCUUUGCACAGCUUGCCCUUUGAGACUGUGGUCCGACCAGCGGCCAAAUUGAUCAAUGAAUCUAAUCCAAGACGUUAUAAAGAUACAGACUUUGCUUCUUUUCUUAAAUACUUGUCAUCUUGUGAUACAAAGAAGAAGAAUUUUCUUGAGUCUAGGAAGUUUAAUUCAAUUGAGAGAAAUUAAAUUUAAGCUUAAUCCAGAUAGGUUGACUUUUGUAGCAUCAGGUAAGAAGCAAUGAUUUGUAAGGAGUGCAAGAAAUAUCAUGUAUAGUAGUUCUUACAUGAAAUAAAAGGAAUAUAAUG